AUGGAUUUUCAAGCUAUUUUAAAGAACAAAGAAGUCUUUUACAAAACGUGCAAUAGCUUGCUUGUCCAGUGUUAUUACGAGCACGUGUGCCUAGCAAACAAAAACCCCACAGCAUCAAAGUUAAAUCUGAGAUCCAUCUACAGCAAUUCUCUGCAGAAGGACACGAUAGCACCGAGAUAUAGCACUUUUUUGGACUAUUUCUCGGUCUACUAUCCUCUGCUUGUCGACGAAACCAUAGCCAGCAUCAUACGAACCAUAGAUAGCGAGCAGGGCAGAACAGCGUACAAAGAAGCCAUAAACAGAAUGGAAAUGGGCAAGGUAAAAGGCACCCUAGAUAUAUCUGUGGGCUCCCAGAAAAAGGAAAAAAAAAGAAAAAAAUCAGGUAGGGCAUCUGAUAAUGAAAGCGAGCUAAUACUGAGCGAUCUUGUACUGGUCUUAUCAGACACGCAAAACCCCAGGUAUCUUUAUACUGGAAUUGUCGUUAAAAAUGCCAAGUCUGUCUGUAGUAUUAUAGUCCAUCCUGAUGUGCUAUCCAAGCUGAGCAAUUUCAAGAGCACGCCGGACUGUUUUAUGGUGCUGGUCUCUAACCUCACAUCGAACAAAAGAGAGUAUCUGGCACUUGACAACAUGUUUGGUCUGCGCAUGGGCAUGUCCAUAGUCAAUCCUGAGGUCAGAAAAAACACAGACAUCUUGCCGCAGCAAUCUAUCCAGCACAUAAAACCUGAAAAAAAAGAUAGAUACUACGAAGAGUUGAAUAACAGCCAAAAAACAGCCGUUGCAACAGCGCUGAAGAAAAGAGUAACGCUGAUCCAGGGGCCGCCCGGCACAGGAAAAACAAGAACGGUUUCCUGUGUGAUCUCUCAGUGCAUACAAAGAGGCCUAAGAGUGCUGGUGUGUGCACCAAGCAAAAUGGGCGUGGACAUGCUAAUUGAAAGCGGGAGCCCGUGGAAGUGCCUCUUCAAGAAAAACACCUGGGCACAUAUCUCCAGCAUCAGGAGCACUAGCAGUAGUGAAAGACCAAAAGUUAGAAUUACAUCAGAAAAUGUAAAUAAUUCAGUUGAGAUUUGCAUUGGCAGCGGUAAAGAUAAAGAGUCAGAAAGAAAUGCCGGUAUAGCCUUGGCAAAGAAAGCCAUGCUUGUGUUUUGCACUCUCUCAAUGGCAGGCUCAUCGAUGCUCAACAACGUUUUCUUUGACUAUGUUAUUAUCGAUGAAGCGUGCCAGGCGAUAGAGCCCAGUGUUCUGAUUGCAAUUCACAAAAUAAAAGACAGAGGGAAAAUUUUGCUCGUGGGCGAUCCAAAGCAGCUGCCCGCCACAAUAUUCUCAAACUCUCCCGAUCUGUCUGUUUCUCUUUUUGAAAGGCUGGCAGAAAGUAUUUCUCCUCUGCUGUUGAACACCCAGUACAGAAUGCACAAAAAAAUAUCCAAGUUUCCCAAUGAUUCAUUUUACAGCGGAAAAUUGUUGGAUGGGGUGGAUCGUGACUCGAAGAUCCCACUCGCAUUCGUGUCCACACAGAGCCACACAGAGAGAAAAGACCAGAAGAGCUUCUACAAUGAAAGUGAAAUAAAUAUGAUAACAAAAAUGCUUCCUUCAGUGAUGAAAAAGUAUGCAUCAGUUGGGAUAAUUACACCGUACAAAGAACAGAUGAACCGCCUAAUGAGCAGAGAUGUGCUUAAAAAGUCAAAUGUGCUUGUGUCAACCAUUGAUGGAUUUCAGGGCCAGGAGAGAGACUGCAUCAUCCUCUCCACCGUGCGCACAGGGCGCAUAGGAUUCCUUAACGACUACCGGAGAAUGAACGUAGCCAUCACGCGAGCAAAAAAAACCAUUAUUGUUCUCGGGCAUCCAGAUCUUCUCUCUAAAGACCCUAUUUGGAGCUCAUUUCUUUCUUACAUAAAAGAACACAAUUGCAUAUAUCAGCUUGAGCAGCUGAUAAAAGCCCUAAGCAAAUAA